UCAAAAAUUUAAAUCAAGCUUCAAACUAAUCAAACUUCAAUGUCAUUAAAUGCACUGAAUAUUUUAGUGAGCAGCUUUGAAAAUUUAUUAAGAAUUAAAAAGUUCUCUCGGAGGGAAUCAACGCCGGUAAACGAGUGAUCAUGGCGAAUCCAUCUUCAGGCGUUGUGGUACCGAGAAAUUUUCGGCUUCUAGAAGAACUUGAACAAGGUCAGAAGGGAGUGGGCGAUGGGACAAUAUCAUGGGGUCUUGAGAGUGAUGAUGAUAUGACCCUAACUCAUUGGACUGGAAUGAUAAUUGGGCCGCCAAGGACUCCCUACGAAAAUAGAAUGUACUCUUUAAAAGUUGAAUGUGGAACUAGAUAUCCUGAUGAGCCACCCACAGCUAGAUUUAUAUCUAGAAUAAACAUGAAUUGUGUUAACAGCCAGACUGGUCUUGUGGAUAAUAGGCAAGUUCCAAUUCUGGCAAGAUGGCAGCGGGACUACACUAUAAAGACAGUACUACAAGAAUUGAGGCGUCUCAUGACCCUUAAGGAAAAUAUGAAGCUCUCACAACCCCCAGAGGGAAGCACUUUUUAAACAAUAUUCAAAAAUAUAUGAAAUCUACAACCCAAUCUACGGUAUAUUUCUAAUAACUAUAUGAAACUAGUAACUACUAUUGUGAAUGUUGAUUUUAAUAAUUAUAAUUAUUAUAUAGUUUAAGCAAUUCCUCGUUUAUUUCUAUGGCCUGUAUUCAUCACUUGCAUUUAAUAUAUUUAUUUUGAUAAAUAGUUCCUGCAUUUUAACUCUUCGGUACCAAAGUAGAUUGGGUGUUUUAAUGUUAAGAACAUUUUUUAUUGUCUAUUAUAGAGCAUUAUACCCAUUCUCAUGCAUUACUCAAGUUAAAAUUGUGGCCUUUAAAACUUUUUGCUUUUUUUAAAAAAUAGGAAUCAACUGACCUGAAGUACACAAUACUUUUUAUGUCUGUAGUUUUAAAAAGGCAUUGUUACUGCUUAUGUUUAAAACAGACAUUAAUUUUCAGAAAAAUUAAAUUAAAAUACAAUUUAUUUUCCUAAUGUAAAAGAUCAAUUGUAUAAUAUUUUAGGAAUUUUAUAUGUAAGUGUAUGAAAUGCCACUAGAAACAACAAACAAUUAUUGGAGUUAGUUUUUUUAAUUGAUUCUAUUAUAAUUUUGCACCUUAUGUGUGAAAUAGAAGUGUUAGUCUUGAAUUAUGAUUAUCGCCUUAAAGAUUAUCUGUGGCAUUUAUACACUCUAAUAUAAUUCUUUAGGUUAUAUAGGUUUAUGAUCUUGGAUAAGCUUUGCAAUAUUAUUUAAAAUUAAAUGGCGUGGAUGCCAAUUUCACUGAAUUUCAAUGCUUUGCUUGUCAAGAUAUAUUUAUUGUAGUUUCCAAUGAACCUCUGCGUCGUGAAUUUAUCAUGUAAACCAAAUGCUAAGUCAACUGUUUAAAUAUUUUUACCAAUGUGUAAUUUAGCAAAGGUAAAUAAAUCAAAUUAAUGAUACUGUCA